AUGCCGUCCACGUCUAGAAGAGCUUGGGUCUCAGAACGGAUAAGAAGUAAUUUGGAAAAGCAAAACGAAAUCGAAAAGAUUGAGUGCGAACUCGCAAUCUAUCGGAAAUCUUGCUCCCAAGGUGCGGCCGUAGUUCGACUUAGCGACUUGAAGUGUGAUACGGACUUCAGUCGACAUAUUACUAAUCAUCGAAAUGUCGACCGCCUUGAGAAAAUCUUUGACUAUCAAGGGUUCCUUCGUCUCCAGGAGAAAUACCACAUACCGGUCAUGAUCGACACGUCUGAUUGGCAGGAACGAGUUAAGUGGGAAGAGUCGGCGACAUUAGCGCCACAAGCACAACUACCACAAUUGCAGGUAGACGACGGUUAUCGCUUCUUUGUAUUAGAUCACGAGGAUGUCAUUGCUGCAGCUAAAAAGAGAUUCAAGGAAUUGGACGUUGAAGAUCCCUGGUGUGUCGUCGAUAUCUACGUUACGAACGCUAGAGAUGCCUGUAAUCAACGGGAAGAGCUUAUUCGCAGUCUACAAGAGAGCUAUUCAAACGACCAUUUCCCCUCGGACGGUCUAAUUUAUCGAAAAAUCCGCCAUUACCAAGGCUAUCCAAACGUAGCAACAGCUAAUACGGUAGCCGAAAAUUACUGGUGGGCUGUCUUGGAAAGCUCCCCAGGAAGCAAAAAAGGGGGUCGAAGUAAGAAAGGGGCCUAUCUACGAUCGCUACUUGACAAUGAGAAUUUACGCGAAAGUUUCGAUGACCUUCUUCCCAUCAAUGGACUUUGGGAUGGUAUGAAUAUUGGUGUAUUACACAAGUUGAUGGCGAUGAAAACCGAGGAGCCAAUCAUCUGUUAUCUGAGAAAGAUAAAAGAUACUUUCUAUGGUCUGACAGGUGGAGACCAAGAAAUCCUGGGUGCUAUUGAUGCAGAAACCAUCAAGAAGAUCAAAUCACGGGCACCGAAAGUUUCCGAAGUGGAUCUUAAACUGGGUCUGCACGAGCGGCCAGACGAUAUAGACCUACAGGAUCUAGAGCACCACUUUCUCUGGUUAGCGCAUCAACGUGGGUUCAAAGUUCCGGCCGACGAGCUACAAUAUGUUGAACUUCCGCGUGUAAUACCAGGUGAUUUCCCACCUGACAAUGAAGAUGAUAAAGACGUCAGUGUCGAGAGGCGAAGCGGAAAGCCUUUCACAGACUCCGUAAACGCGGACCGUUUUGCUCUCUCAAGAUGCUCAUUACAAAGUACUAGUGACUUUGAUCGAGUCAGCGCGGGCUUCGUGCGGCGUUCCGUUUUCAAAGCCUUUUUUGAUUACUUCGAUUCUGGAAUACCAGGCAGUCCAGUUCCAUCUCCGCCUCCCUCUGUGGCCGAGUCACCCCCAGAUGAGAUCGAUAAUCUCCUUGCAGAUAUCGAGUCUGCAAUAGAAGCAGAUAGAAGACAAAAUAACUCACACGCAGAUGCUGGAUUCACGUAUGGGCCACAUGCGGUGGACCCUAUUGUACCACAAUACUCACGGCAAGACAGACAUGGUAAUUCUGAGUCAGCUGCCUGGGGCCAGCAAGGCGAUAUAGAUCCCUUCCAACAGGCAAACCAAUGCGAGAGACAAGCAGUAGCCCCGGCCUUCCGGAUUGUGAUCGAUGUCGGGAAAACACCGGAGGUGCUAUUGUUGCCGAGCAAAAUCGAAGGUUUAAUGCAAUUCGUCGAGGAUUAUCAUCGGAUGAUUGCUACCAGCAUUAUGAGAGACACCCUGACGUAA